GUUUCUUUCCCCUCGUUCUCCGUCUCCGAAGUUCCUUUCGCUGUUGUUCUCUGCUUCCACUCCCACUUCCACCGAAGACUCAAAAAAUUUAAGACACCCCUGCACCCUCAUCGACAGGGGAUCAACGAUGGCGCAGCGAGGCCAAGUUCUGGCAUCAACAACAAUCCACCACAACACUUUUUGGCUGUCCAGCAAGACCCAAAGUCAUGGACUCAUGGCUUCAUCGCUGCGUCGGAAGAAUCUCGUGUGCUUCUACUGCAACAAGAGAUCCGACAUCAAAUACGAUGGCUUUCUUACGCAGUGGGAGUGUACCAAGUGCGACUCCGUAAACUUUCUUGAUGAACAUGGCGAUAUCACCGAUCCUCCAGUUGCUACAGAGACUGCUGCUCCCAUCGACCUGAAGUAUACCAUACCAAGACCCGAUUCUCCUUCCUCUCAAGUCUCCGAUUCAAUGCUCUUCUGUACAACAUGUCUGAAGAAUCAACACCUCUACACGGCGUCGCUCGCCCAGUACCAUAUUGAGACAGACCCGAAUCAUUCCCAAUAUAGGGACCUUGAGCGCAAAUACUUCGCAUAUAGAAAGAGCCUGGAAAAGAGAUAUCCUCAAGUCUGCGAAGACUGCGAGCCACGGGUACUGGAACGGAUGCGUGAAGCCGGCCGAACAGCAAAGGCAGAUCAUCUUCGGAGAUUGAUGGAAAGAUCCAGAGCAAGAAAAUCUGCAACGGUCACCCAGCUGUCAUUUUCUGGAUUCAUUAAUUCUGCAGGCAAGUGGUUGUCGUAUGUGGGACUUCUGGGUCAAAUCCUCUGGAACAUUAUGGCCUUGGUGGCGGUUGCUCAACAUGACCACCCUGAGGCUCUCGAAAGUUUACUUCGAUCGUCUUUGGUUUCUCCUCUUGAGGGUGCCAUCCAAAUAUCAACAUCCAGGGAUUGGGCUCGCUUCAGUUUACUCUGCAGCGUCUCCUCUAUCUGGUGGAAUCCCAUGUUCAAGCAAAUGAACAGCGGCUUUAUGAACCACAUCAAGGGCUUUGGUGAUUGGUACAAACUCCAGUUCUUGUUAGUCGUGAUUCGGUCUCUCUUCUACUACAUCAUGGGAACAGGCGUAUUCGCAAACCCAUUCUCUGCCGUCUCAACUGGAGCACAUAUCUUCUUUCCCUGUUUUGUCACAUUGCUAGCUUUUAGGGCAGCUCGGUCUCUGAGAGUUGAUAUGAGUCCGCUUUGGGCAUCUACUCCAGAAAAGCUUCCCAACGUGGGACCCCGAUCCGUAAGCCCAAACCAAGGCGUUGACAGCAUGGCUGACGCACUGGAUCAAAUUGCAGCAACUCCAUCAAAAAGAUCCCGGCAGUCAUCACCGCCAUCACCUCCUUCGCCUGUGACAUACAGACUGCAAGGAUAUCCGAAGAGGAUUCAGUCCCAACUACCUUCCACUAAAAUUGUACCAGCUAGCAAUCUGCUCCCACCGGGUAGAACAAGUCCCUCCUUACUCGAGAUGACGCAAGCAGAAUCGGUUCGUUAUCUGGCUACUGGAGAAGUACCAGUUCGUCACCAACAUCGAUAUACUGGCAAUAGGGUGGAUGAAAUGGAAUGGUCACCUUCCCAAAGCCAAUCUCAACACCGUGCAUUCAAUCCUCCUCGAUCACUACAACGUCAGACACAGCUCUUCAACGAGGCACCUACUGGUGACCAAUCAUCUCCCUUCUGGUAUAAAGUCCCGCCAGCGCCUAUCGCACCAGCCCAGCGACUGCGGAAUCCGCCGAACCAACCAAGGCUGCGUGUAUCUUCACAAGAAACUAAAGAGAACUUUUUCAACAACAUUACACAUAGAAAGUCUAUAGAAGGAGCAGAGGUCGACAGGAUACCUCUUCUUAAGAAUGAAGUGCCGCGCCAGGGUGUUGAGUUCGCACAGCAAAAGUUCUUCCCCCCUCAAGCUCCGAGCGAAGCAGGAAACACGCUAGCGGAUCUCUUGACAUCUUUCUCUCUGGGAAACUCCGAGACGGAAUCACCCUCGCCUGCAGAAGCUGGCUCGACCACCCGUCAUACCUGUCAGAGCCUUGCACUAUUUCUAGGUCUUUUUUUCUGGAAUCACACCCUCUUCAACCUCACUGAGCAUUCGAGAAACGUCAUGGUGACGGUUAUGAUUGUUUGUGCUCUCAUAGGGAUUCGCACAGUAUUAGAUAACACUACCUUCAGGCGACCGGGAACUAAGAUGACGCCGGCGGAGGGAAUAGGAGCCUGCCUCGGUGGACUUGAAGCUGCUGCAGCUCUUUAUGGAUUUUCUGAGAUUAUUGCUGGAAAUGGUGAUUGUGAGAAUUGUGCCUCGAUGGGUACGAUAUUGACAGGUGGAAUGAUGGUCCAUGAGAUUUGGCUUGCGUUCUUUGGUCACUAAAUUGUGACAUGAGUGGUCAGCACAAGAGGAUGAGCCAGGCUUGACGAAACAACACGCUCAAGGUGGUACAUAAAACAAAAGAACCUGGCCCACAAGGAUUAUGGACAUUGAUGAGAAUUGAAACACAAAAGUCUACUACUUGAUAGCAUUUACAGUAACAAAUGUGGUACUUCUUAUUGUGGUAAGGGUUAUGGGCAUGAAUGCAUGUAGCAUUGUACAAUGACCGGAGACAUAAGCAAUUUGGAUUGUCAAGGAGAGUCGGCUUCUUGACUAUCAAACCUUAAAGUGUGCAAGAAUUUCAAACUUCAAUAAAAGCUUGUGCCCCGUUUGAC